GGUCAAUUUUUAGUCGGCGGUCGGCGUCUAGAUGUUUUUUUAUUCUCUAAAUGUAAAUACACAUUGUUGGUAUAUACAUAUAGAAAAAGUUUAAUUUAUUGACUAAACGUAAUAAUUAGAAAACCUCACAUAGUUCCACGGCUAGAACUAGGCGCUUAACGCUGCUACAAUGGCGAAACAUCAUCCUGAUCUUAUAUUUUGUAGAAAACAACCUGGUGUAGCUAUUGGACGGUUGUGUGAGAAAUGUGAUGGUAAAUGUGUAAUUUGUGAUUCGUACGUGCGGCCCUGUACAUUAGUCCGAAUAUGUGACGAGUGCAAUUAUGGCUCGUAUCAAGGCAGGUGUGUAAUAUGUGGUGGACCUGGGGUGUCAGACGCGUAUUAUUGCAAGGAAUGCACUAUCCAAGAGAAGGAUAGAGAUGGAUGUCCAAAGAUUGUGAACCUGGGCAGUUCGAAAACAGACUUGUUCUAUGAACGAAAGAAAUAUGGGUUUAGAAGACACUAACAAUAAUUUUUACUUUCUCAAAGUUUUAAAAUGAGAAAGUUAUUCACACAAGGUCUUGUAUGCUUAAGUUAAUAUAAGUUUUGUUUUAUGUAAAUAACAAUGUCUUAGAUUUUUCUAAUACACAAUAGAAAAUACAA